AUGUCUACCCUCAAAAAAUUCAGUCAUCCUAUGUUAACUAGGACGAUCGCUGAUAUUUUUGAACAUCUUGAACAAUUAAUUGCUGCAGGAUCAACCUAUGGACAAAUGUAUUAUUCGACAUCAGUCCCCUUCCUUGACUCCUGUACUAAGGAAGAGAAGAAUCUUCUGAUUAAAUUAUGCGGUUACGGAUCUGCCGCAACUGGAUUAGUUGAUAGUCAUCUGUAUUCCAUUUCCGGAAAACUCAUCGCGCCUAACUCAAAAUCAACCCCUGUUCUUCACUUCGACACUGAUACUGUCAUUGAAUUAGGUCUGACCGCUAACAUCCCCACUUCCAUGGCUGACAGAACCUCUGUCGUUGGCCUAGGAAUUGUCGUAUCGAAAAAAGAAGUAACUGAUCCAGAAUCAUCUACUUCAUCCAAAAAUCUGGUGGUUAUUCUUCAACAUACCGAUUAUGACCCUGUGGUUAAGGCUCAGGUUCAAUUCAAGACUCAGUACAUCAUCGGUGGGAGGAAAAACUUAGCCAACACUUUCGGCUUGUUUCAACUGGGGCGGGAAAUUUUAAUUUCUGGGCACAUUACUGGAUAUGAACAUCAUCAGUUCAUGUGGAUUGUGACCGCGAUAUCUGUAUCGGUAACUGUUGGACAUCAACCUAUUAACAGUCAGGCCCUCAUUAACACUCAAGUGAGCGACACAAAACCAAGGCGUCCUGGACUAAUCACGGUUGGUGAAGAUUUGUCUCAACCUCAGUCUGAGUGCAGUGUUGAGGCACAAGUCUUAGCCAGUUCCAGCUGUACACUUGAAGGAGCCGAUGCCGAUCCAGUCCAGAAUCAAGGAGCUAAAUUAGGCACAAGUAACAAUUAUUACGAUAGUGUUGCUUCGACAUCUGGCAAAAAAAGGACUAAAAAAGAAAUCUUGGCCGAUGCAAAGCGAGCCCGGCUUAACAUCAGCUCUGCCUGA